AUGGCUGCUCCUAUCACCUCAAGGACGGAGACUCUCCAGAAGUUUCUUAAGCUCGAUCAGAAGGGCAUGAUCAUGGCUGAAUACGUCUGGGUUGAUGCCGACGGUGGCACCCGAUCCAAGUCCCGAACUCUGCCCGAGAAGGACUACACCCCAGAGGAUCUUCCUGUCUGGAACUUUGACGGUUCUUCUACAAACCAGGCCCCUGGCGAGAAUUCUGAUGUUUACCUCCGCCCCUGCGCCGUGUAUCCCGAUCCCUUCCGCGGCUCCCCCAACAUCAUCGUUCUUGCUGAGUGCUGGAACGCCGAUGGCACACCCAACAAGUUCAACUUCCGCCACGACUGUGUCAAGGUGAUGGAUCAGUAUGCCGAUGACGAGCCUUGGUUCGGUCUGGAGCAAGAGUACACUUUGCUCGGAAGUGAUGACCGACCUUAUGGCUGGCCCACUGGUGGUUUCCCUGCUCCUCAAGGAGAGUACUACUGUGGUGUUGGUACUGGAAAGGUUGUUCAGCGUGACAUCGUCGAGGCACACUAUAAGGCUUGUUUAUAUGCCGGUAUCAAAAUCUCUGGCACAAACGCCGAGGUCAUGCCUGCUCAGUGGGAGUAUCAGGUCGGUCCCUGCAAUGGCAUCGAAAUGGGCGACCAACUCUGGGUUUCACGAUUUUUCUUACACCGUGUCGCCGAGGAAUUCGGCGCCAAGGUUUCUCUGCAUCCCAAGCCGAUCCAGGGCGAAUGGAAUGGGGCGGGCCUGCACUCCAACUUCUCUACCAAGGCUAUGCGCGAGGAGGGUGGUAUGAAGGUUAUCGAAGAAGCCCUCAAGAAGCUGGAGCCACACCACGUCGAGUGCAUCGCUGAAUAUGGCGAGGACAAUGACUUGCGCCUGACUGGUCGCCAUGAGACUGGUUCUAUCGACCAGUUCACCUGGGGGGUUGCCAACCGCGGCACGAGUAUUCGCGUCCCCCGCGAAACUGCGGCGAAGGGCUAUGGCUACUUCGAGGACCGUCGUCCUGCCUCCAACGCGGAUCCCUACCGUGUUACCAAGGUUCUUCUACAAUUUUCCAUGGCUUAA